CCUUCCACCCUCCAAGGCUUUAACCUGCUGCUUCUGGUUCUUCCUAGGAGGCUUUUGACUUCAGGCCCCAGACUGGGUUUCCUCUGGAGGGGGAAGCUGCCCAGCGACCUGCUCCCUGGCAGCUGAAUCUCUGCCCGGGUUGCAGCCCCCGGCUCCCUCAGCCCCCGACUCCACUGAGAUGUUUCUCUCCAGACCAAGGGCCACGAACAGGAAGCCGGGCCCGCUGCCCACCUGCCCCAACGUCCUCACCCCCGACCGGAUCCCCAAGUUUUUCAUCCCCCCCAAACUCUCCACCCUGUAUGGCAGAGCCCUGGGCGGGAGCCCAGGUUCCCAGCAGAGCCCCCAAGGGACCGGGAGCCUGGAGACACACAAGGCCCUGAUCAGAGCUGCCGAUCGGCAUGUCACCCACGCGCAGAGCCUGCACCAGGACCCCAUGGCCAGGGCAGAGGGUGAGGCUGGCCAUCAGCUCCCCCCUGCCUGCUCCAUGUCCCACCUUGUCAACCCAGGGGGCUUCCUCCUCUUGCCCGAGAGCCCCCACACGCGCCGAAGGGAGUCCCUCUUUCACAGCAUGUGCCCACCCCACCACAUCUCCCUUGACCUCUCCCCCGAGCCCGGCGCCAGGCUCCUGCCCCCAGAGCUGCGGCCCUGGCGGCCCGUCUCCCAGCCCGAUGCCUUGGACAGCGACACGGCCUCCUCUGCAGGUUCCUCGCCCUUCAGCUUUCCAGUGCUGGGGCACCCGCUGGCCUGCCAGGCCCACUGGGGCCGGCCCCUAUGCAGCCGCACCCUGGAUGCCCAGGCGGGGGGCCGGGCCAGCUCGCUGUCUGCCGAGGAAGCCAGCUCUACGGACGACAGCCCCAGCUUCCCACGCCGACAGACCGAGCCAAGCUGGGGGGCAGUGGCCAGGUUGGCUCCCCCACCCUUCUCCCCCUUGGAUUUCAUCUGCCGCCCUGCACGGGUGGCCCAGGAGAACACGGUGGCGCUGAGCCGAGGCGGGUGCCUGCGCCUCUCCUCCAAGUACGUCCCGGCCAGCUGGUGCCUGCAUGUCCGGCUGGUCAGCGCCGAGGGGCUCUACCCGCGGCCCUGCGACCCCCAGUGCGUUGGCUGCUGCGUGGCCCUGCAGCUGCAACCGGGCAAGGCGCAGAAGCAGCGCAGCGCCGUGGUCAAGAGGAGCCGGAGCCCCAUCUUCAAUGAGGACUUCUUCUUCGAGGGCCUGGCGCCCCACGAGCUGCCUGCCCGCCGCCUCCGGCUCAAGGCAGUCAACAAGGGCUGCGGCAUGAGGCAGGAUGCCGUGCUGGGCAAGGCCGAGGUCCCGCUGCCUGCCCUGCUGCCCCCCUAGGGCCCAGUGGCGCUUGCUCCUAGUAGGGGCCUGGGAGGAGGGAGAAUCAGAGAGCCAAGUUUUGGGGUGCUGGAGGACCUAUGGGUACGGCCGAGCAACUUUCCCACCCUGAUCCCGAAAUGACCGGGCUGCCCCAGCCCC